AUGGGUCGCAGACCUUCAGGUUGGCAAACCCUAAGAACACCUGCAUCAGUUAGAGUGGACAAUUUCCAUUGGUGUUCCGUGACCAAGAAAGAGUGGCCACUGCUUACCCUGGGGAAAGAGAUACAGUUUCCACAGCAGACACGUGUGAACGAGACAGACCCACAGGAUGAACAGAUGCUGGCUAAGCUCCACCACCCUCGCUGUGGAAUAACGGAUGUGGCUAACUGCUCUAUCUUCCCAGAAUAUUCCAAAUGGAAUAAGCACAAUCUGACCUAUAGUAUUAUCAAUUACCCAAAAGAAAUUAAUCCAGCUAUAGUGAAUGACAUUAUUCAUGAAGCAGUUUCUGUCAGGAGCAAUGUGACCCCCUUGAUCUUCCAUCAAGUGAAGGGUCAAGAUGCAGACAUCAAGCUUUCUUUCUGGGAGUUGGACCAUGGAGAUGGUUGGCCCUUUGAUGGGCCAGGUCAUAUCUUAGCCCAUGCUUUUUUACCAAAUUCUGAAACUCCAGGAAUUAUCCACUUUGACAAGGGAGAAUAUUGGUCAACUUCAUACAAAGAUUCAUAUGUAAGGUGGAGCAGUAGAGUUAAUAUAGAGAUUGAAAGGACCGAACAAGUAGGAGAGAAAAUAUGCCUGGAAGCAAGAUCUCAACAGACUGAGAAAAAUGCUUUGGAGAGUAAUAGCUUGCAGUUUCUUUUAUGCAUUUGAGGUUCAGGA